AUGGGAUGUUACUUGAACGCCACCGAACCGAAGCCAGUGUGCACAGAAUGCGGCCGGGUGUAUAGCAGCGUGAGCAACUUGAAGCAGCACAUAGCCAACGUCCACUCAGCCACUCCGCACUGGGAACCCUGCCCGGUGUGCGGUAAACACUUUAAGACCAGACAGUAUCUGUUCAAUCACCUGUUGCAAACCCACGGCAUCCGGCAGCGGGGCAGCAGGAUGCACAUGCACUUGCCCUCGGGUGGCGGUGGUGUCGGGGGUGGUGGCGGUCACCAUCACCACCAUAACCAUCACCACCACCACCAUCCUUCGCACCCAUCGACGAUCGCGUCGUCGUCGUCGCCACUGCAGGCCCACAGCCCGUCGGCCACCAUUUCCUCGUGUUUUUCCAACGCCUCGGUGGUAAAACCGCUCAUGUCGCACCACGCCGACAUCAAGCCCCUGUCGCACGCGUCCGUUGCCGCGGCCGCGGCCGCCGCAGCAGCAGCAGCAGCCGCCGCAGCCGCAGCCGCCGCCGCCGAUCAUAACGAACAGCGGCAGCAGCAGCAGCAGCAACAACAGCAACAGCAGCAACAGCAUCCCCCAAACAGUUUCGUACCACCCUUACCGUCGUCCUCGUCGGCGUCCGUGUUGAACCGACUUAACAACCCCGAUCUAUCUUCCCAGUUCUACAUGUUAUCCAAAUCGGCCGUUACCAGAUAA